AUGUCUACUAUUCCCGUCUCUCAUCGUGCUCUUAUAUUCGAUGAAUACAAUGGGCCACUCGAAGUUCGUCAGUUUCCAGUCCCUGAACCAGAAGAUGAUGAGCUUUUGGUAAAAUUAGAGUAUUCUGGAAUAUGUCAUUCGGAUCUUCAUGCUUGGUGUGGCGACUUUGCCUUUGCAACAGUUUAUCCAUUGAUUGGAGGGCAUGAAGGAGCAGGAAGAGUCGUGAAAAUGGGAGCAAAAAUCAAAGAUUGGAAAUUGGGAGACUUGGCGGGUGUAAAGCUUGUCAAUGAGAAUUGUUUGAAUUGUGAAUAUUGCAAAACUGGAAACGAACCAUUAUGCGACCGUAGUCGAAUGUAUGGUUUAAUACGCCACGGGAUGUUCCAAGAAUAUGUUACAAUCCGUGAUGUGGAUACUAUCAGGAUUCCAGAUGGGAUGAGUUUGGCAGCAGCUGCUCCCGUUCUUUGUGGUGGAGUAACUGCUUACAAAGCGCUACAAGAAACAAAUGUAAAAGCUGGUCAAAUAGUUGUUAUCACUGGAGCAGGUGGAGGUCUUGGAUCAUUUGCUAUUCAAUAUGCAAAGGCAAUGGGAAUGAGAGUUGUUGCAGUGGAUCACUCGAGCAAGAAAUAUCAUUGUGAGCAACUUGGAGCCGAGUGGUUUGUCGAUGGAUUCGAGACUCAUGAUAUUGUGGAUCAAAUCAGAAAAAUCACAAAUGGAGGCCCACAUGGAGUUGUCAGUUUCGCCUCUUCAAAAAAACCAAUGGAGCAAGCACUGGAAUAUAUCAGAAAAAGAGGAACUGUUGUUUUAGUUGGACUACCGAAAGAUUCGAAGAUCCUAGUUGAUACAACGCCACUUAUUUUCAACGCUUUAACUAUAAAAGGAUCUGUAAUCGGAUCUCGUCUUGAUACUGAUGAAGCCAUGGACUUUGUCUUUCGUGGAGCUGUAAAGGUGCCGUUGGAAUUCGUCAAACUAGAAGACGUUCCUAAUGUUUACGAGAAGAUGAAAAAAGGACUAGUCACUUCUCGUGUUGUGGUUGAUUUCUCUUUGUGA